UCAUCACACGUUCACGUAAUACUCCCGUGAACAAGCUGACUUGUUAGAAAUGCUCGAGGAGCUUAAACCGCUCUGAUAGCGCGCGCGCUGGCUGCAACACCAAAAAUCGGUGGAAUCAUCCAGAGAAAAGUGAAACCGCACCAGGGAAAUAAUCCCAAAUUAAGACACGGCGAGUGGAUUAUUCACCAAUUGCCUGUUGACUUCACUGAAGGUUGUGUUGUGGCAGGAGCUGCCAUGCCAUUUGGUUGUCUGACACUCGGGGAGAAGAAGGAUUACAACAAUCCCUCAGAGGUGACCGACAAAUAUGACCUCGGACAGAUUGUUAAAGCAGAGGAGUUUUGUGAGAUUUUCCGGGCCAAGGAUAGGAACACCUUGAAAAUGUACACCUGUAAAAAGUUCCACAAAAAGGACGGGAGGAAAGUGAGGAAAGCUGCCAAGAAUGAGAUAAUGAUCUUAAAGAUGGUAAAACAUCACAACAUCCUUCAGCUGGUCGACACGUUCGAAACCAAGAAAGAGUACUUCCUUUUUCUGGAGCUUGCUACGGGCAGAGAGGUCUUUGACUGGAUCUUAGAUCAGGGCUAUUACUCGGAGAGGGACACAAGCAAUGUUAUGAGGCAGGUGUUGGAAGCUGUCGCUUACCUGCACUCCCUGAAAAUUGUCCACAGAAAUCUGAAGUUGGAGAACUUGGUGUACUUUAAUCGUCUGAAGCACUCCAAAAUUGUUAUCAGUGACUUUCAGCUGGCAAAACUGGAAAAUGGACUCAUUAAGGAUCCGUGUGGAACUCCAGAAUAUCUUGCUCCGGAGGUGGUUGGCAGGCAGCGAUAUGGACGACCCGUGGACUGUUGGGCCAUCGGCGUCAUCAUGUACAUCCUUCUGUCUGGAAACCCUCCGUUCUAUGACGAUGCCGAAGAAGACGACUCUGACAAUCGUGACAAAAACCUUUUUCUGAAGAUUUUGUCUGGGGACUAUGAAUUUGAUUCACCAUACUGGGAUGAUAUCUCAGAUUCUGCCAAAACCUUAGUGGCAUCUUUGAUGGAAGUGGAUCAAGACCAGCGGCUGACUGCACAGGAAGCUAUAGCCCAUGAAUGGAUUUCUGGAAACGCUGCCUCAGACAAGAACAUAAAGGAUGGUGUUUGUGCACAGAUAGAGAAGAACUUUGCCAAAGCUAAGUGGAAGAAAGCUGUCCGAGUGACCACCCUCAUGAAGAGACUGAGAGCGUCUGAGCAGGGUGAACCUGGGGCAGGGGCUGCAGCCGACCCCAACACACCGGGUGGCGCUCCCGCCGAUACCCCCGCGAGCAAGAGCGACGGCGUCGGCGCCAGCAUAAAGGCUGCUCUCAGCGAAAAGGCUCCUGAAACACAGACUGCCACCAUCACCACGCUCACCCUGCCCAGUGCAGCGCGACAGGACGAGCAGCCGCAGACGAGGUGCAACGGCGAUGUUGCCCAAAUGUUGCCACAGAGAAAGGGCGAGUAGACGUCAGGUCGGGGUAGAAAGAAGAAGAGGACCCUUGCCAUCCGAGAAGCACACGUGCAGUACAGCCAUAACUUUGGCAUGAUGAUACCAUAUCUGUGAUGUUUGGCUAUCCCCAGUUUGCAGAAUAAUUUCACGCCCAUGCAUUUCAUCCCUUUUCGACCUUCUGUACUGGUCAGUCUAUUGAGUAGUGUUCUCUAGUCUCCCCUUGUUAUUUUAUGUACAAGUCCCUUUAAAGAUAGUUGCAAAGUAGCUCUUCUGUUCCCCCUUUUCCUUAAGACUGUAAAAAAAAACCUGUGUAAUUUAGUGAAAUCUCCCAUCUUUACUCAUCCAGCUCAUUGUAUAUACUGUAGAUGUGUUUGUCCGUUCGGAAAAAAAAAUAGCUAGUUUUUAGCCGCAGAACUUAACAAUUCUGAGUUCAUGUCUUGUGACUUAAAAUUAUGAGUUGAAAGAGUUUUGUAAAUUUAUCAAGAUUAAUUUCAAGAGAUAAAACAAGUAUAUGUAAAGACGUUUUAGAGACCAUACCUCAAAUUAGGAUACAGGGAGUUACAAGUUUUGUCAUGUCUUUCUUGAACAGAUCAUUUGAUUUAAAGGAGACUAUUCUGAAGAGUUCCUUAAAUAUUUAGACACAAUUCACGAUUCGACGCCCUGAAAAGACAUCUCCCGGUUUAUUUUCAGCGCAGUGUAACUUUAGACAACUUAGAAUUUUAAGGCACGAAGAAAGUCUAUUUUUAAGUUAAAGUGCCUUAAUAUUUGUUGCUGUAGUGUUUUAAAAGAAAACUUGAUGAUAACUGCUUAGUUCUUUCUUUUUGAUACGUUUUAGCCAUUUUCCUUUGCCUCCUCCUUGUUUAGUCUGACGCUGUUGUACUGAAGCUUGUAUUCUGUCCACUUCACACUUCAUUUAAAAAACACAGAAAACUAGGUUUAGAGCAUUUCCUAUGUGGAGUGAUGUUUUUAGCUGUUAUUGUGUUGUCACUUGUAACCAGUAAAUAAAUACAGAGUUUAUUGCCGAGUCCCUAUACUGUACUGCUAUGUAUAUUUGCAUUGUAUACAUGUGUAUUUUUUUAUUUACAUGUGUAUUUAGCAACAUUUAGCUGAGCUAAUGGGUUGCUUCAGCGCUUGUGAAUGAAUAAAAUGAGCAAUACUAA